AUGGCUUGCAUGAAGCUGGGAUCUAAAUCUGAUGCUUUCCAAAGACAAGGCCAAGCUUGGUUUUGUACAACUGGACUUCCAAGUGAUAUCGUUGUUGAAGUUGGGGAGAUGUCUUUCCAUCUCCACAAGUUUCCAUUGCUCUCUAGAAGUGGAGUCAUGGAAAGAAGGAUUGCAGAGGCAUCUAAAGAAGAGGAUGAUAAAUGUCUCAUUGAGAUUUCUGAUCUUCCUGGCGGAGACAAGACGUUUGAACUAGUUGCCAAAUUCUGCUACGGUGUGAAGCUCGAACUCACUGCUUCAAACGUUGUAUAUCUCAGAUGUGCUGCUGAGCAUCUCGAAAUGACGGAAGAGUAUGGGGAAGGAAAUCUUAUUGCUCAAACCGAAACUUUUUUCAAUCAAGUGGUGCUCAAAAGCUGGAAAGAUUCAAUAAAAGCACUUCAAAGCUGCGACGAGGUCCUCCAGUAUGCUGAUGAAUUGAACAUUACGAAGAAAUGCAUCGAGUCACUAGCCAUGAGAGCAUCCACAGACCCAAACUUAUUUGGAUGGCCAGUUGUGGAGCACGGUGGGCCCAUGCAGAGUCCAGGUGGUAGUGUUUUAUGGAACGGGAUAAGCACCGGGGCUAGACCUAAACAUACCAGUUCAGAUUGGUGGUAUGAGGAUGCGUCGAUGCUAAGUUUUCCUCUUUUUAAAAGACUUAUCACGAUCAUGGAUUCCCGAGGCAUAAGAGAAGACAUCAUUGCCGGUUCUCUAACCUACUACACAAGAAAAUACUUGCCUGGCUUAAAAAGGCGACGCGGUGGACCUGAAUCUAGUGGCCGUUUCAGCACACCUUUGGGCUCGGGAAAUGUACCGUCUGAGGAAGAGCAGAAGUACUUGAUUGAAGAGAUCCAAGAGCUUCUCCGCAUGCAAAAAGGUCUAGUUCCAACCAAGUUUUUCGUUGACAUGCUUCGAAUCGCCAAGAUUUUGAAAGCUAGUCCGGGUUGCUUAGCAAAUUUGGAGAAGAGGAUAGGGAUGCAGCUUGACCAGGCGGCGUUGGAAGAUCUUGUAAUGCCUAGCUUUUCUGAUACUAUGGAGACUCUUUACGACGUUGACUCUGUGCAAAGAAUCUUGGACCAUUUUCUUGCUACGGAUCAGAUUAUGCCUGGUGGGGGUGGCUCUCCUUGUUCUUCAGUAGAUGACGGAAAUUUGAUUGGAUCACCACAAUCUCUAACACCAAUGACAGCAGUCGCAAAGCUGAUCGAUGGUUAUCUUGCUGAAGUUGCUCCUGAUGUCAAUCUCAAGCUUCCAAAGUUUCAAGCUUUAGCUGCUUCUGUUCCUGAAUACGCCAGACUCUUAGAUGAUGGACUCUAUCGCGCAAUAGACAUUUACCUCAAGCAUCAUCCGUGGUUAGCAGAAACCGAAAGAGAGAAUCUUUGCAGGUUGUUAGAUUGCCAGAAACUCUCUCUAGAAGCUUGCACACACGCGGCACAGAACGAGAGAUUACCACUAAGAAUCAUCGUCCAAGUCCUCUUCUUUGAGCAGCUUCAGCUCAGAACCUCUGUAGCGGGAUGCUUUCUGGUUUCAGACAACCUCGACGGCGGAUCAAGACAGUUAAGAAGCGGAGGAUUUGCAGGAGGAUCAACGGAAGGAGGAGGAUGGGCAACCGCGGUAAGAGAGAACCAAGUCCUGAAAGUCGGAAUGGACAGUAUGCGAAUGCGGGUUUGCGAGUUAGAGAAAGAAUGUUCAAAUAUGAGACAAGAGAUUGAGAAACUCGGUAAGACGACAAAAGGCGGUGGUGGUGGUGGUUCAGGAAGCGGCGGUAGCAAAACGUGGGAAAACGUUUCGAAGAAACUCGGGUUUGGUUUGAAGCUGAAGUCACAUCAAAUGUGCAGUGCUCAAGAAGGAUCAGUGUCAAAGUCUAACAAUGAGAAUGUGAAGAUUGAGAAGCUAAGAGAUGUCAAAGAACGUCGUGGGAAGCAUAAGAAAGCUUCGAGCAUUAGUUCCGAAAGGUGA